AUGUCUGAAAACUCAUUCUCUCUGAAGAGUAUCAGGCCUACAUCUCAUAAUGGACGAAUCUUUCCUAAGGUCGACUCAAUCUCUAAUGCUUCUGAUUUCUUUUUAAAUGAUUCAAGCAUAAAAUCUUCGACUUCUUUCGCGUCAACAGAAACAAGCUUUGGAGAGCAACAAUCAGCCAUCCAAGAUGAUAUAUUCCAAAACGAUGUUUCUUCAUUUGAAUCGCCCUCUCUUUCAGCUGUUUCUAGAGAUGGUCUUAUUGAAUUAACUAAAACUUCAAAAUACUGUGUGUCAAAGCUUCCCGCGACCCCAGCCUUUUUAAAGGAGUCUCAUAUUGAAGAAACACUCAAUGGAUCGUCGGAUCAGAAUACAGACUACGCUCUUGUUUUGGCGAAAAAUGGUGCUCACGUUUGGAAUUACACUAGUCCAGACCUUGUUCCUCAGCCAUAUUUUUUCCCAGUUUCCGGAUACAAUGAGACACCAAUUCUUGGUACACUAGUCUCGCCUGUAGCUGGAGUUAAGGAGCCUGGAUUUAUCACAGUGGUUCCAGAUACAGGUCUGGUCACUUAUUGGGAAAGCAUUGGGGGUGUGAUUGCUAAUGAGCUCCUUCAGAAGAAGAAAGUCAUUACUUUUGAAAUCAAGCUACAUGGUUCUGAAAGAAUUGAAAUUUUGGAAAGCAUUGACCCCGCUGGUAUUAUCGCUUCCACAAACAUUGGUCGUUUUAUUUUUAUUACUUUUCGCGAUAGUACCGGUAAGCCUUCACUUCAUGCAGAGACAAUGCGUGGAACUGGCUCGGGUAUUUUCGCUACCCUAAAGGGAGCAAUAUCUUUGGCUGGUUCUCGCAGAGAUGUCGUUUCUAUAAAAACAGGCCAAAUCAUUGGCCGUGACCAACGACAAGCUUUGGUCGUUACAAAAUCUGGAAAUCUUUUGAUUUGGGAUUGUCAAAAAUCUGGUCAGACGAAUCUUGUCUUGGAGGAAAAUCUUCGGGAAGUCAUGUUAAACACAUUUGUUUCAUUAUAUCCCCACGGGGCAUCGACAUUUCAAGUUCACGAUAUUGAGUACAAUAGCUCCUUAAAUUACAUUUACCUGUUGGCUUCCUUUGUCAAUAAUCCGGCUACUUCUGAAGUUUUUUACCUUCUUUUCACUUUGAGUACAGCUGAAAACAAUGUUCAAAUCAUUUCAACGCACAGAUUCCGCACAUUUACUUCAGUGUCCACAUGCAGACCCCAGCUUCUUUUGCCCAGCCCAUGCAAGACGCUGUUUAUUCUUUUUUCAGAUGCUGUUAUUUUGACUGAUGCUUCACACGACAACUUUGAAGAGCUGGGGAACCUUAAUCGAUGGGAAGACAUUAUCCCCUUUUUGCCUGGCGUCGAAGCGUUUGCGUUUGGAAGGGAAGAUUCUGUAAUUCAUAACACAAAGGUUGCUAGGUAUCCUGGCGUUAUUGCCAUUACCAAAAAUGCAGGCAUUUUACGGAUCGAAAGAUAUCCCGAUGAAGAGGAAGAGGUAGUAACCCCUGAAUUUUCCACUGGGGAGCUCGGUCCUGCAUUGGCGAAAACAAGAAUUGAACAAGCGGUAUUCUACGGUCACAAAAAUGAAGAUAUUAAUCCUGUUGAUUUUAUGGUCCGCCCAGAGUUUCACUUUAAACAAGAGGUUUUGGAUAACGCCUUUUCUCAAGUCAGUACGGACAUUAUUUCCAGCACAUCCCCCUAUCUACCCCCGCUGUUGCCCUCGCAAGGUGAAUAUCUUCAGCUGAGAUGGAAGUCUCUCAACUACCUGUGCACUUACUUACAGGAAAACUUCCCUGAUGAGGUAAGUAUCGCUUGCCGUUUAUCCCUUCUUUGGGAUUUGGAAAAGUUGUGUGCCGCAAAGUCCUUAUGGACUGAAUAUAACAACGCACUUACAUCUGCCUCUUCCAACCCGGUAGCUGCAUCUACGGCCAACAUCUGGUCACAGAUUAUUACCAAUGCAGCCACUCCUGCUAAAAGCGAUAAAGUUCGACACUGGUUCCGAAGAGAUGUCCGAGAAAUUGUUCAUCUUCUCACGGAAGCAACAAAGUAUGACAAAGCUUCUGGCAACAAUAUUGCGGUGACCUUAGAAGUUAACAAGAUGUUGUUGAUUUCUGUUACUCAGUCUGCUUAUAACACCCGUGAAGGAUGUUCCAAGCUGUACUUUAAUCUUGCUGAGAGUGACUUUUGCGAAAAAGUUCCAUGGACCGCCACUAAGGAGUUAAUGCAAAACUUUGAACACCAGUACACUCAUACAGUCGCCAUUCUUGAUUCCUUAUCACCGAAUGACGAAAACUACAAGGUUCUUUCUGAACAUCUUGUCAGCCUUGUGCAGACACUUUGUGCGAUAUACACUGAGCGCAUUCACUGGAUGGAAACGUUUUUUGCUGAUGCUACUCAAAAGGAAGCAGAAAAGCUUGCUGAGGAGUACAUGAAUAAGCGUGGCGAAUGGAUCCAAACAAUGUCCAAGUUUGGUCACAAGAAUACAGCACUGGACACUGCGGAACAGUACAAGAUUUACCGCUCGCUAGCUGAAAUUCUCGGGACGGAUUAUCUUGCUGAGGUUAAGGCUGCUGGGAAUCAAGAUACACGCCAGUCAAUGACUACUGUUUUGAAAUUGCAGUACUAUAUUCAAAAAUUUGGCUAUGACUUUGCACGUAUUUUGUUUCAAUACUAUGUGGAGACAAACCAAAUCAAGGCUCUCCUCAAGCAGUUCCCUCGGUAUAAUGAGUACCUUGAGCGAUUCUUCAAGCAGGGGAACUACGACCGGAUUUCAUGGAUCCAUGACCUUACAGUUGAGAAUUAUGAGCUUGCAGCAGAAAAGCUUCUAAGUGUGUCUGUGGAUAGCGAGCGAUCCAUCAAAAACAAGCGACUACAGCUGAGCAUUGCCAAACUUUCUGCGAUUGCGUCUGGCCUUGAUCCCAAAACUCCUGCUGGCCCGCCAUUAGGUGCAGCUAUUGAUUUCCGACUGGAGACUGUCGAUAUUUUGGAGUCGAUUGAAAAGCAACUUGCGCCGUAUAUGAGUGUUAAUGCUGAGUCUUCAGAAGCUACAGUGUAUCCUGAUGGGAUCUCUGAGUUUCUGGACUCACAAAACAUGACGCAGCUCAAAGCCGUUUUGAGUACAGCAAUGACACGUUUUGUCAAGAAGGAAGCGCUUAGCACUGAAGAGCUUAUUGACAUUUUGACACUAGUCGAUGUCGGCGGUGGCCCCAGUGGUGGAACUCCGCAGCUAAACUUUGCGCGUGCGCUUCGGCUUGUAUCGCUGCCAACAUCCGGGCUCACCAACGCGCAGGUCAAGUUCAACACGCAGCUCAUUUGGCGACGCCUGUUUAUCCGCGACAAUUGGGAGGCAAUUGAACGCACAGAGAACCAGUCGGACGAGCUUGUACAAAAGACGGUAGCAGGGACGUUGCUCUACAAAACUUUGUCAACACUUGUGACCAAGGACUCACAAAAGUAUGCGGCUCCGUCUCCGUACGUGCUGGAACCGGCACAGGCCCUAUGGGAUGGAAAUCUGGAAGCCGUGGGCGAGGCUGCACGAUAUCCACCUGCACCCAAAAAUGGCACGGGAGACGUGGCUAAGGAAAACGGGCUGUUGUCUGCACGGGUAGGAACACUAUCCAAGUGGGCACCUGGUAUACAUGCACGCGUGGUUGGCGAAGUGCAGCGGGCACAGGGCGGGAACAUGCUGGGGAAAAUCAAAUAUGUUUCGGAGCCUGUGCGUGCGACAAGCAACAGCAGCACCAGCAGCAGUGAUGUGGAUAUGGGGGGGUCGACAGCGUCGUCGUCGACGGCCAGCACUGGGACACAGCCUGAUGUUGAUGGCGAUGUUGAGAUGUGA